UUCCACAAGUAAAGAGAGAACGUUAAACCCAGAGCAAGAAAGAGUAAACAAAGUAGAACUUGUAGAAGUCAACAACUGUGAGCAGUGAAGAACCGUAACAGCAAACCCAGCACAUCGGUAUGGCAUCUAAUCAGUCUUCUUUACCUCCAGGUGACCCUAUUUGCCCAGGUUGUCAGGUCGAGGGGUCUCUUCUUCUACCCUGUGGACACAGCUUAUGUCAGUCUUGUUUACAGAUGUGCCAGCUCGAACUCGGACAUGAGCAGGAAAUAUGUACAGAGUGUUAUGGACGAGAGCUGUUUGACAAUGUCCUCAAGGGCUUAUUUGACACCAUAUUUCAAGGUCAACCUCGACGGGACAAAACCCAAUCCGAGCUGGGGCUGGGCUUGAUUGGGGAAGACAAUGCAGAGGGUGAAAGUGAUAAUACAUGUGCUAGACAUGGUGACAGACUGACUCUGUUCUGCAUGGAGGAUGAGGAGCUGAUCUGUGAUCAGUGCCAGAUAGAAGACCACAAAGGGCAUGAAUGUAAUGGUACAGAGGAGGCCGCACAGGAGUGCAAGAGAGAACUGAGGUUUGCAUUGAGGCCUUUACAAGAGAAGCUGGAAAGCCUAAACACAGCCAAACAAAUCUGCCAAGAGACAGCAGACCACAUAAGGAGGCAGACCCAGCAUACAGUGCGACUGAUAAAGGAAGAUUUUGAGAAGCUGCAACAGUUCCUCCAGGAUGAGGAGGCAUCCAUGCUCACAGCUUUGAAGGAGGAAGAGGAGCAGAAGAGUCGCAGAAUGAAGGAGAAGAUAGACAGGCUAACAGAGGAGAUUACGUCUCUGACUGAAACCAUUCACACCACCGAGGAGGCCAUUGAUUUUAAAGACUUUGAAUUUCUAAAGAAUUAUAAGAAAGCAUCCGAUUGUUACAGAGUGGAAUGCACAGCACAGGACCUUAAAGAGAUGAGUGGAGCUCUGAUUGAUGUGUCCAAACACCUGAGCAGCCUCAAAUUCAGAGUCUGGGAGAAAAUGCAAACUGUUGUCACAUACACUCCAGUGACCCUUGACCCCAACACAGCAGAUGCGUGCCUCUCUUUAUCUGAUGACCUCACUGUCCUGCGCUACACAGAUGAAGAGCAGCAGAUACCCGAUAACCCAGAGCGGUUCUGCUACUACGACUGCGUGAUCGGGUCCGAGGCCUUGGGUACAGGUCGCCACAGCUGGGACGUAGAGGUAGGCGACAGCACCGAGUGGGCACUCGGGGUGGUGUACGGCAGUGUGCAAAAGAAGGAGUGGUUCCCACCCAGUCCUGAACACGGCAUGUGGACCAUGUGCCUGCACGGAGGUCACUAUCGGGCACCGAACUCUACCAGCCAGCCGAUCCCAGUUAAGAAGAAACCACAAAGAGUGCGAGUUCAGCUGGAUUGGGAUGUGGGGAGGGUCAUGUUUUCAGAUGCUACAGAUAACACACUAAUCUACAAGUUUAAAGCCAAAUUCACUGAGAAGCUAUAUCCGUUUUUCUCUAAUACGUGCAAAAGGCAUCCACUGCGGAUCCUACCUGAGAAAGUGUCCGUGUAUACAGAAUAGUUCAUGUAUGUAUUCACAGCAAGGUAAAACUGUAUUUCUACAUUACUUUAGAAUAUAUAUUUAAGGCUUAAUAAUCCUUCAAUAUUAAUCUUAAAUUAUGGCCUUUAUCAUAAAAAAAAGAAAGAAAUCAUGAUCUAAACAGCUGGUUUUAAUCCUUUACUAAGAGUGAGCAAUAUUCUAAUGAACUAGGUUUAUUACGCUAAAAUCAAUAAUGUCAUUACAAGUAUUUUGUUACCAGUCAUUUGUAAGUACAUUAUGUUCAUACUUCAUUAACAAAUUAGAUAUAUCCUUACCUAAAAUGAAAUCAUUAGAUAUGCAGUUUAGAAUAUGCUGAAACCAUGAAAACAGAAAAUUUUAGAGAUGCAAUACAAUAGAGAGCUAUACGUUUAGGUGUUAUUUAGAAAUACUAAUUGCACCAUGUAUAUACAAAUAUAUGAAUAGAACGAAAAUUGUAAUGAAAAUGAUUGAAGUGUCUGCACAAAUAUAUCUCUUUUUUUAGAUCGAACCUGCUCACCUUAUUCUCAAUAUAAUACAUACAGUUGUUGUGGAUGCUAAUCUGAAACAUUUAACAAAGGUAACUGAAAGCUAUUAUGUUCUACAAAAGUAUUAACGAUGAAGGCCUCUUGCAUUUGUGAUGUCAGCUAUGCACAAAACAGGUAAAUACUGGAUAUAUAAAUACUACAGCAAAGCACUAUUAUGUUUGGGCAUGAAGAAAGGACAUAUUUGCUUGAUUAAUUUUCAUUUUGCACAAUGAAAAAAAAAAACAGACUGAAAUGUGUAUAUGUGAUGUGGCAAAAUAGCUAGUUCUAUUGUUACAGUACGUUAUGACAAAUAUCUAAAAAUGACAAGAAAUGUACAUACAUCUUUCUUAUAGUAUUAUUUGUGCACACAUUUUACAAGCCCUAAUUCUGACUAAUGCCUGUAUAUUAAAACGAAUGCUCCUGGCUUGACCUUAGCAUGAACAUACAGUGAUGAAAUGGCCCGUGUUUACGCUGAGCUGAACGGACUCUUAAGACGAGUAUAUCCUCACAUAUGCACCUGUCUCUUCUCAUCAGCACAAACCCUUCUGUAAUCUGUCUCACCCUUUCCAAGAAACUUUAGCACACAUAUGCGUUUUUACUUGUUCGUAUUAAUCAUAGCAGAGCUGCCCAUGUCAGCUAUUAAAUAGUGAUAAAGCAAGUGACAAAACUUUCUGUGUUAAUUAUAAAUUGUGCAAAGCUCCAGUGUGCAUGCCAAGUCACAUGCAUUUUUUUCCUGGGGACAAAAAGUGGUAGCUAAUGUAAUGUAAUAAUGUAUUAAGAGCUAUCUAUCUAUCUAUCUAUCUAUCUAUCUAUCUAUCUAUCUAUCUAUCUAUCUAUCUAUCUAUCUAUCUAUCUAUCUAUCUAUCUAUCUAUAGCAUAUAGUUGGAUUUAACUAAAUGUUUUCUCCCUUUUCACUGAAAUUAAAUGCUAUUUAUUCAAAUCUG